AUCCCCCAAGGCCCUGCAUUAAUGAAUGUUGUAAUGCUAAAACGGAAACCUGAGCUCUCCAGGAAGAGGAAGAGAAAAGAAAAGUUUAUGUGGAGCACAGAAUCAGCAAUAGUUAUUUCUUGGCGUGGCUUCAGUGAGCAUUUGUUUUGGAAAGGACACAGUGUUGGGAUAAAUCUGUUGCCUUUGUGGGAAUUUUCUGUACUGCCGUGUAUGUGCUUCUGGGAUCAGAUCUUCGCAAGGUGAUUUAUGGUCAUUUCUAAAGAAUAUCAGUUUCUUCAGACUAAUUUACAAUGGAUUUAAUUAGGAGAAAAUAUGCGGAGCUGGUUCAGAGAAUGGGAAGGACCAUUGCCGUUCAGAUAACCAGUGACCUGUUCACAAGAAAUAUUCUUUCUAUGGGUGAGAUGGAGGAAAUUCUGUCCUAUAAGGUGGCACAAGAUUUAACAAGACAGCUGCUUAAUGGAAUUUUAAAAAAAGGCCCAGAGUCCUGCACUCAGUUUCUUCAGUCCCUCGAAAAUCAAGAUCCAUUUUUCUAUGAAGACUUGAUUGGACAACGUGUUCAGAGUGGAGUCACAGAAGAAGAUUUGGAAAACCUAGCUGACCACUUAAAGCGUCUGUACCAAUACCCCUUUUUCAAGAAAUUUAAUCCUCUUGGUGAGGACACUGACAUUGAUAUCAUUUUUGAUUUAGACCGAACAUUUACAGAUCCGUUGCUGUGGAGGAAAGGAACCCUUAAUCGUAGGGAAAAGCAGUUUACUUUAAUUGAAAUGUUGGAAGAACUGGAAAGCCCUUGUGUUAUUGAAGGAGAAGCAGGGAAGGGGAAAACAACUAUACUUAAAAGAAUCGCUAUGCUUUGGGCCUCUGGAAAAUGCAGUGCAUUAGCAAAUUAUAAACUCGUCUUCUUUGUCACUCUGCGUGGUGCCAGUGAAGGGCUCUAUGAAACACUCUCUGACCAGCUUUUUCCUAUAACUUACUCGUGGAAUAAAAAAGAAUUCAUGAACGAAAUAUGGAAUUUAGGAAGAAAAGUAUUGUUCCUGCUUGAUGGGUAUGAUGAAUUUCAGUCCGAGAGCUGCAUUGAAAUUGAAGAACUUAUUAAAAACAAUCCUAAAUUUAACAGCACAUUGAUUGUGAGCACGAGAACAGAGACAAUUGGAAAACUAAGGAGGUGUGGUGCGCUUAUUGCUGAAACCAGUGAUUUUUCUUUAGAUAAUGCAAAACAGUUAAUUGAAAGUGUUUUAGAAGAGAAUGAAGCAACUGGGUUGUUGAUCCAGUUAGAAGAAUCAAGUUUCAUGCAGAACCUCAUGAAAACCCCAUUAUUUGUCGUUAUUGCUUGUGCUCUUCGGAUGGGGGAAAGCGAUUUUCAGAUGAACACACAGACAACCCUUUUUUGUACAUUAUAUGACCUGAUGGUUGAAAAAAAAAAGUACAAAAUAAGACACCUAAGUGCAAACAUCCUAGCAGCAAACAUCAGGAAAUUUGGAGAUCUGGCUCUGGAUGGAUUGUUUGAACAAAGAUUUGACUUCUUUGAGGAGCAUCUCUCUAAAAUUAAAGAAGAGGUUCUCUUAAAUAUAGGCUUGCUGAAUAAAUACACUGCUCAGAGGCGCAAGGCUGUUUACAGAUUUUUUCAUACAACAUUUCAGGAAUAUAUUGCUGGGAGGAGACUCUCUCAACUUCUAUCGUCUGAGGACACCUCAGAUGUUACUAAAGGAGAGCUCUUUCUAAAUAAGAUUGGUUCUGUUUUCGAUAUCACCACUAAAUAUAAAAAUCUCCUCUUAUACACUUGUGGAUCAUCCAAGGUGGCAACACAAAAAGUUGUAAAACAUGUUGCAGAAGUACACAAUCAGGACACAAAUAAUUACAGUACAGAGUUGGUGGAAUUUGGGGUUAACCUUUUCUUUGAAAGCUCCACCAAAAAAGACUUAAGCCAAGAAUUUGAAAAGCUCUUUUCUGAGAAACGCUUGUAUAUUAAUUCCCAUAAUAUCUCUUCUCACCAUAUUGAAUUUUUUCUAUACUUACCAAACUGUCUUAGUGCAUUACAGCUGAUCAAGUUAGAUCUAUCAGGUACUUGUGCCAUUGUACCAAGUGAAAGUUCUGUGGACAGAGGUGCCGCAAGUGCACAUUCCACUGUUUGCGACAGUUACAUUCCAGAGAAAGCCGUCAGAUUAUUUUUUGAUUGGAAUCAAUCAAUUCAGACUUUGGAAGUCAUCCUCAGAGAUUUUCAUCGAUUAAAUAAAAAAGAUAUAAAAUACCUCGGUAAAAUAUGCUGCUCUGCCGACAGUCUUCGACUGAACAUUAAAAGGAGUUCAGGAAUAACUGGAUCCUUGGUGGGUGUUUUGGAGUCCUGUAAGAAUAUACAAGAUUUAAAUGUUGAUAGUACCCCACUUAGCAUUGAAGAUGAGAGAAGGAUUGUAGCAAUGACAGAGAUGAAAACACUGAGUAUUUCAAACCUACAGAGUGAACAUCUACAAGGUGGACUAUUAGAGGGAUUGUGUAAUCUAGUAAGGCUUGAAAAAUUGGUUUUCCACAACAUUAAAAUGGGCGAAAAUGAUGCAAAAACUCUGGCUAAAGGCAUGGGCAGUCUGAAGAGGUUAAAGCGAUUAUCAAUAUCUCAUAUCUCCAACAUUGGAGAUGGCAUGGAGAGUAUUGCAGAAUCAAUUUCCUCGAGUUGCCAUGAGCUUAAAGAACUGAAAUUAACAGAUUGUUGUUUGAGUGUGAAAGCCCUCAGGAGUCUUUCUUUCAGUUUAAAAAUGUUCUCUAGCCUUGAAAUACUGGAUUUGUCUGGGAAUUAUUUACAAGAAGGAGGAAAGGAAUCAGUAGAAGAAUUGGCUACCAACCUGACUCAUCUGGAUGCAAUAAUGACACUUUUGCUGCCUGGAGGAACAGAUGUAAAGUUUUGCCUGGAGGGGUUAUUACUUACAUUAAGGCGCAUUCCUAACUUGUCAAAACUUGCUUUUAAACAAUGGAACUUGACCAGUGAUGACAUGAAUACGUUAGCUUCUCAUCUUAGCAGCUUUAAAAACCUUUCAUAUUUGGAUCUUUCUGAUAAUGGUGCUCAAAGUGCAGGCUGGCUUUCCUUGACUGCCAUACUACAAUAUCUGACGAAUUUGACCUAUGUAAACUUUAGCACUGAGGACAUCUUCACUCCAGAUCCAGACUUAGUGCGGAAGCUGGUUCGUGCAAUAUCAACGCUGCCAUUUUUAUAUACAAUGGAACUGAACAAUUGGCAGCUAGAUGAUUUUGACCUUGCUCAAAUCAAAAAAGCAAAAAAUAUGAUUCGCCGGCCUGGGAAUACAUGUGUUCACUUUUUCCAAGUCAGUAACAUGGAAGUUGAUGGAAGAUAGAAACAGCUUCUCUCAACAAUAUCAUGUCAUCACUCCCUCUGAUUUAGAGUAUUAGACUCUUCCUGUAUGUUGAUUUUAUUGCUGUUUUAGCCUUUAAAAACUUUUGGAAGCAUUGUUCAUGCUUUGGUAAGAGCAGUAUGUUCUCAGCUUUCUAGUUGUGUCUGUAGAAUUGAGUCUGGUACCUCCAUCUUCUAAUCAUGUGACACCAAAAUGUAGUUUUAGGGUAAAAUUCUUCUUUAAAUAUCAUGAAGAUCUUAUCUGUUUUGUUCUUGCAUCUGGGCACUGACCCAUUCUACAUGGAAUCCAUUGCAACCAAUAACAUUGCUGCCACAGAACAAUAAAAACUUACUGCCAUUGGUGGAUUUUAAUUAAAUAUAAGGCAGCCUGUGUUCAGCCUCAAUAUAUUCAUGAGUGGUAGGAUUGGGGUGUGGCAUGUAGGAGUCCCUUCUCCCUCCCCUUACAUGGGAAUGGAAGAGGACUCAGGCUGCAAUGGGGCCCUGACUUUACUGCAAGGUCCACAUUAAAGUUAUUCCCCCAGGCAGAGGUCCUAUGUGGAUGAACACUAAGGGAAAAACUCUUACGCCCCAUUGUGCUCUUGCAUGUCUGGACUAUAAAUGACCCUAAUACAUUUCACCUAGUCUGGAGUGUGAUAUAAUUUCUUAGCAUUUUUUUUCAUGUGGUCUAUAAUGUUCAUGACCCCAAAGUUAACAUUAAUCACACCACCACAGGGCCUCCUCUCUCUUAACAUUUGCCAUGAAAUCUUUGUUACUGUGUAUAUAUAUUUCAAAUUAUUUUUAUUUAUGUUUUAUGUAUUUAGGAUUCUCAUUUAUACAGGUCAUGAUAUAUACAAUAUUUAGUAGAAUUAAGUCAAAGGCAAUAAAACAUUUAUUGUUUUUUUUAGAGGUUUUUUUUCUUGAAAAAGGAAAAAAAACCUAAAUGUCCAGUUGCCAUUGAUUUAAUUAUAUUAGAUACUUUAUAUUUUUAUUUAUGGCCAUGUUUUGCACUAUUGCGUGUUUGCACUAUUUAUUUAUUGCUAUAUUGUACUAAUGUGAAAAUGUAUUGUGCUGCUUAUACAGGAGCAUGUUAUUAUACACGCAUACAAUGGUCUGAUGUGAUGGUGAAAAGAUCACUUCUAUAAAUAGAAAAAAAUU